CCAGGUCAGCUGACCGCUCAGUGCGGAACUGCGCUGCCCGCCGCUGCUGCUCAGUGCUGUCUGCCAGCUCGGUCCCUGCCACUAUGGCUGGGCUCGUGGUCAGUGGAACGCAAGUGUCCUACAUAGGCCAGGACUGCAGAGAAAUUCCAGAGUACCUUGGCAGAGACUGUGGACAUUUCGCAAAGAGGCUUGAUCUGAGCUUCAACCUCCUGAGGUCACUGGAAGGACUGAGCGCAUUCAGGAGCCUGGAGGAACUCAUCCUGGACAACAAUCUACUGGGCGACGACCUCGUGUUGCCAGGGUUACCCCAGCUGCACACCUUAACCCUCAACAAGAACCGAAUCACUGAUUUGGAGUAUCUGCUCGAUCACCUGGCAAAAGUGACACCUGCUCUGGAGUACCUCAGCCUGCUGGGAAAUGCAGCGUGUCCCAAUGAGCUGGUCAGCUCAGACAAGGAUGAGGAAGACUACAAGAGAUAUAGAUGCUUUGUUCUGCACAAACUGCCUAAGCUGAAGUUUCUGGAUGCCCAGAAAGUCACCAGGAAAGAACGGGAGGAAGCAUUGGUCAGAGGGGCCUUCAUGAAGGUGGUAAAGCCCAAGGCUUCCACUGGAGAAGAUUCCGCCUCUGCAGAGGGCCACCACCAGUAUACACCCUUGCCUGCUGCCUCCAGGGACCUCACCAGUCACCGAGGUUCACUUCCGGUCUCCUUACUGCCCCAAAACUCUUUUCUCCUGUUAAGGUAAUCAGCACAUCACUAAAAGCGUGUCCUGGGGAAAGGUCGCUAUUUUUACUAUGGAAGAAACUCAGAGGGUAACAGGUUUAUCCGAGAUGAUCAACUCUGAAGCUGAAGUCUACAGGCCUUACCUUAUUUCAUGCAAAUAAAAG